GCGCCACGGUGUAUGCAGCCUGUUCCAGUCGCUCCUGCUUACUUUAACUUUGUUUUCAACUUUUUUCCUCUCUUCUUUAUCUUACUUGUUCUGUUUUUACUUUAGUUAUUUAUUAAGCUACGUCCUCUCUAAUCAUGCUUGUGUGGAGAGUUUUUGUUGUUUCGCUCGUGGUGGAAUCGCUCCUUUUACUCUGCCACUCGACCGUCGCUCAGCAACACCGCAUUGUUUACUCCAGGGAUCAGCUGAUGGAGCUGAAGCCGGCCGGCUUGGCUACGGUGAGGGAGGAUAUACCUGCUGAACUUUGGAGGAAAACACACCGGGGUUGCAGAGGGAAAAGAUCGCUACGGCGGCGGAAAGGAGCGAAACACCGGAGACUUAUGGAGAGGAAGACAUUCAAGCCGUGUCUCCCAUCUAUCAUCAUGGGCAACGUGAGAUCACUGGGGAAUAAGAUGGACGAGCUUACAGCGCUAACCCGGAGUCAUCAGGAAUACCGGGAGUGUAGCCUGAUGAUUUUCUCGGAGUCAUGGCUACACACGGAUGUUCCUGACCACAAUGUUUCCACCGUGGGUUUCCACACUGUCCGGGCUGACAGGGACUGCACUAAGAGCGGUAAGCGUAAAGGAGGUGGGCUUGCUGUUUACGUGAACAACAGGUGGUGCAAUCCUGGUCACAUCACAGUCAAAGACCGCAUCUGCAGCCCGGAUAUUGAACUGUUAGCUGUGGGCCUCCGUCCUUACUAUUUACCCCGUGAAUUCUCACAUGCUAUUGUAGUGGCACUGCAGGGCUGUUUUGAGGUGACUGACUGGAAUGUACUCUGUGAGCCACAUGGAGAGGACAUUGAUGGGCUUACUGAGUGCAUUACAGACUACAUUAAUUUCUGUGUGGACGGCAUUGUCCCAGCAAGGACUGUGCGGUGUUACCCAAAUAACAAGCCUUGGGUAACAAAGGACAUCAAAGCCAUACUCAACCUGAAGAAGAGGGCUUUCAGAGGUGGCAACAGGGAGGAGCUGAGGGACAUUCAGAGGGAGCUGAGUGCAAAGAUCAAUGAGGCUAAGGACGGCUACAGGAGGAAGCUGGAGAGGAAACUCCAGCUGAAUAACAUGAGCGAGGUCUGGAGUGGUAUGAGGACCAUCACCGGUUACAGACCAACUAGCAGUGGAGCUGAUGGUAGUGUGGCUAGGGCCAAUGAGUUAAAUCUGUUCUUCAAUAGGUUUGACACUGCUGCCCUGGCCCCUGUUGGCUCUCCUGCUGACUGUCUCCAGCCACCACCACUUCUGACCCCCCCUCCUCCUCCUGAUAGCACCUCAUCCAACUUGGUGAGCCCCUCACACCCAUCCCCCACUCCUCACACCUCCUCUGGCUCCCAUGCUACCUGCCCUCCUCUCACUUUGGACUCCAACUCUCCCCCUCCUCAACCUGCACUCUUUACACCUCUACAUGUUAGGAGACAGCUGAGCAAACUCCCCGCCGGUAAGGCUGCAGGCCCUGAUGGUGUCAGCCCACGGGUUCUCAGAGCCUGCGCCGAACAGCUCUGUGGAGUGCUUCAUCGUGUCUUCAAAAUGAGCCUGAGCCUCCAGAGGGUCCCUGUGAUAUGGAAGACGUCCUGCCUCGUUCCAGUGCCAAAGAUGCCGCAACCCAGCGGUCUCUCGGACUACCGACCGGUGGCACUGACGUCACAUAUCAUGAAGACCCUGGAGAGACUUGUCCUGGAGCAGCUCAGGCCUAUGGUCAGGCCGCACCUGGAUCCCCUCCAGUUCGCCUACCAGCCCCGGAUUGGAGUUGAGGAUGCCCUCAUUUACCUGCUGAACCGCAUCUACGCCCACCUGGACAAGCCGGGGAGCACUGUGAGGGUCACGUUCUUUGACUUCUCCAGUGCUUUCAAUACCAUCAGGCCUGCUCUACUGGGUGACAAGCUGACGGCGAUGCUGGUGAAUCCCCCCCUUGUGUCCUGGAUUGUGGAUUACCUCACUGGCCGACCACAGUACGUGCGCUUGCGGCACUGUGUGUCAGACACAGUGGUCAGCAAUACCGGGGCUCCACAAGUUGGAUGUAUCAGCAAGGGUGAGGAGGCUGAAUACAGGGCUGUGGUGAAUAACUUUGUCUCAUGGUGUGAGCUGAACCACCUGCAGCUCAACACAACAAAGACAAAAGAGCUGGUGGUGGAUCUGAGGAGAACGAGGACACCAGUGACCCCAGUUUCCAUCCUGGGGCAUAACGUGGACAUUGUAGAACACUACAAGUACCUGGCUGAGAUAACUUGCAGGUCAUGCCAGCCUGGGAAUAAGUGGCGUGCACAGGAAUUACUGCUGAAAUUCGACACAACUGAGUCCGCAACAGGAUUAAAGGGAGAAGUUUUUGGACACGGAGACGGGGCAGGGAGAGCCGGGGCUGCAACUGCCGAAAGUCGGCGGCGGCUCCGUUGCGCAGCUGGUUCCGCCGAAUGCGCUCCAGGUCGGGCGGAAAACACGGAGCCGACACGGAAUACAGACAACCUGCACGCAGAAGGCGAAAUUGCUGAUAGUGAGUUUGCAAAGAUGAAAGUUUCCAAUGCCAACAUGAGCAGUCAGCAGAAGCCCAGCGCUGGUGCAGGUUUUGCUUAUGGCACCCGGUACAGAAAGCGCGCCAGAAGGAACAGUGAUGAUGAUACAGUCAGAUCCCCCGGCUCAGACCACAGUCAAGACCCGGGAGAGGGCAGGCAGAGCUCGGCGCCUGGACGCAGAGUGACGCGCUCUGAAUUGCGCUGGAGCGGAGACGAGCGGAGAGCCGCCGGUCCGAGGCAGGAUGAGCUAAAACUUAACAGUUCAACGUUCGCCCUGACAGGGGACUCAUCUCACAACCAGGCAAUGGUGCACUGGUCCGGCCAGAACAGCAGUGUAAGUGACUUAAUCAUGUCCACUUUAUCACGAGCCUUGUGCGCGAGUCCACAGAGGACUCGCUAUGUGCGCUGGUGUUUGGCCGUCAGGUGGGCACACAGCACCCUCAAGAGAGAGGAAACAAAUCUCGGUCUGAUGCGCCGUUUAAGAUGA